UGCAGGUCGCUGAGGCAAAAUGAAGGCUCUUUUUGUACUUUUUGCAAUUUUUACAAUCAUUAAUGCGGCUUCUCUAAAAAUUGAGGAGGAAAAAGUAAAUUAUGAAGGAUAUAAAGUUUAUAAAGUAAAUAUUGCUAAUAAAGAGCAGAGAGCUGUUAUACAUCAAUUAGCUACAAAUCUGGAGCUUUCUAUAUGGCACGAAGAUAGGGAACAUAUUGAUUUAAUGGUCAAUCCCAAACAGCAAUCAGUCUUUUCAAAUUUGACUUUCGCUCGUGGUAUUGAGAAUUAUGAAAUGAUCUCAAAUUUGCAAAGUUUAAUAAAUGAAGAACAGAAAUCUGUAGAUAGUUUAGAUAAUACAGAAUUUACUUGGACACGUUAUCACAAACUUCCUGAAAUUGAAACUUUUAUCGACAAUAUCUUGUCAAAGUACUCUGCUGUGGCUCAAGAAUUUGUCAUUGGUCAAUCCUAUGAGGGCCGCAAAAUAAGAGGUAUUAAAAUUUCCUAUAAAUCAGGAAAUCCUGGCAUAUUCAUAGAAGCCAAUAUACAUGCCCGCGAAUGGAUUACUUCAGCUACGGCCACCUGGUUUAUCAAUGAACUGUUGACAUCCAGCGAUACAAAUGUACGCAAUUUGGCGGAGAAUUAUGACUGGUAUAUAGUUCCUGUCUUAAAUGUUGAUGGUUUUGUUUAUAGUCAUGAAAAGGAUCGUUUAUGGCGCAAAACUCGCCAGCCUAUAGCACAUUCAACCUGCAUUGGCACUGAUGGCAAUCGUAAUUUUGAUUCAUAUUGGGGUAUUGAGGGUGGUUCUUCUACCAAUCCCUGUGAUUAUGAUUAUGCAGGUCCUAAAGCUUUUUCAGAGCCGGAGAUUAAGGGAUUAGCUGAUUACUUGCAGGCUAAUAAAAAUAAAUUGAAUAUACUUAUAGCCUUUCAUAGUUAUAGUCAAGUUUUGCUGUCACCUUAUGGUCAUACAACCGAAGAGCUUCCCGAAAAUUAUGAGGAUUUAAUGAAAGUUGCUAAAGCUUAUGCCGAUGCUGUGGGAGUGUUACCUUAUGCUACGAAAUAUACUUAUGGAACAUCAGCGGGAUCAAUGUACUUGGCUUCUGGCGCUACCAUUGAAUAUGCUUACAAUGAAGUGGACAUUAAAAUAACUUAUACUGUUGAAAUGCGCGAUACUGGCCGAUAUGGAUUUGUUUUGCCACCCGUACAAAUUCUACCUAAUUGUGAAGAAACCAUGACUGGUUUAAUGGCACUGGUGAAAGAAUCUGAACAGUUGGGUUAUCUGAAAUUGAAAUAACUGUUAAGCAAGUUAUAA